UAUCAGGCACCAGCAAACUAUUUUUUUGAGAGAACCAGCGUACUAUUUCUUUCUGCUUAAGAAAGGAUAAGGACUGAGGAGUGAGAAGUCAUAAACCCCAAACCCUCAUUUCUGAGCUCACCGAAACCCUAACCUGAAAAUGGCGAAGAAAGGAAAGGGCGGCCAAAAAUAUCGCAGGCCCACCCGACCUUCACACAACUCAACACCAGAUGCAUCACCGGAAAAACUCACCGGUAAAACUCUGCCGGAAGAUGUGAUCGUGGAAAUACUUUCUCGAACUCCGGCCAAAUCUCUGGUACGAUUCAGGUGUGUUUGCAAAUCUUGGCUAUCUCUAACUCAUCAUCCUAAAUUCAUAGAAAUGCAUCUUAAGCGCAAUAAGUUACGAAACAAAUGCUUGUUACUUCAUGGAUUUUUACCUAAGUAUACUGCUAGGGCCGUGUCUUUGUUUCGUCUUAACGAGCCGUUGGUAAAUUUGUUCGAUAUUAAAAAGAAUUUCGUGAGGAAAAAGGAUUAUCCUAAGAAUUUCAGCUUUGCUGAUUUUUUCAAUGAGAUGACUGUUUGUGGUUCGGUUAAUGGUAUUGUUUGUCUUUCGCAUACUCAGUACCCGGAGGAAGGGUUUUAUGUGGAAUGGGGACGUUUCGUUGUGUUGUGGAAUCCAGCUAUUAAUCGUACGAAAUUAGUUAUGAUCCCACCUAGGAAGACGUUGUUUGAUAUAUGGCAAAUGGUUUCCGUGGGUUUGGGUUUUGAUGCUGUGGAUAAUGAUUAUAAAAUCAUUAGGCUUGUACCUGUUGCUGUUUCGGAUGAUAAUUUGCAGGGUGAUAAGGCACAUGCUGAGAGUAGGGUUGAGAUUUAUUCUUCUAAUAAAGAUCGUUGGAAAGCUGUUAACAAGGGGGCUAUGAUCCACUUCUAUCCUAAUAGGCCGAACUGCAGUUUUAUUAUCAAGGGGGUGCCAUAUUGGAGUGACGAAAAAGCUCUUUGUGCAAUUGAUCCUCAUACGGGGAUGUAUAAGAAUAUUCCCCACCCAGAGUAUGUUAAAAACGAAAAGACUUUGGUACAUUGCAUAAAUAUGAACGACUUGGUUUCUGUCCUUGUCUACUCUCCUGGUGAAAGUCCAAAUCAAAUGGUUGAUUUCUAUGUGUUGGAUAACUCUGGUUCUUGGAUGAAACAGUUUACCACUGGGCCGAUUGUUGGUGAAGGAUUGCGCAUGCCUACGGGCCUUACUACUGUUGAAGGAGUCCAGAUUCCUCAGCACCUUAUUACUGGUGCAGGAUUGCGGUUACCUCAGCUCCUUACUACUGGUGAGAUUGUAGUUUUGAAUCCAUUUAAUGGGAGUACGUACUUCUAUGACCCCAAGACUAGUCAUCUCUCUGGUAAGUUUGCUGCUUUUCAGCCACUGUGGUUCCAAUCUUAUUGUCACGUAGAGAGCCUUGUUUCUGUUAAAGGAAUGUUACCUUUUGGUAAUGAGGGUAAAAGCAGGAAGAACAAACCCGGGGAGAAGAACAGGGAUAAGUAUCUAUCUGAAGGUUUCAAAUUGGUGCUGCAUUUCUAUCAAAUCUGAUAGCGGAUAAAUGUGGUUGAAGUGAUGGGAUUCAGUAGCUCGUGGAAUGAAAUGGGCUGCUACAUGCUUUCAUUUUUAAGUUUCUUUACUAAUGUGUUCUCUGAAGCAUUAGUUAAACAGUUAUCUUUUUUGAAUCUCAAUGUAGGGGCAAACUUUUGGAACCCUAUUUUGUUCUGGUUUCUGGAGGCGAUCUUGUCGUGAAAAAGUCAGCGUGUUGCUAA